UAAUGUACUUCAUUUUUCACACCCAAACAAGACCUUUCCCGUCUCUCUUCUUUCGCCUGUUCCAUAGCCAGCCCCCAAGACUCACAAAUUCUGCCACCUUAAAAACCAAUCAUAUCAAAGAACUACUGUCUCUUCCCCACUUUCUUGUAUUCCGGCAAUGGAAAAAGAACCACUCCUCCCCUGUUAUCUCAGCCCUAGAGCAUCACCCCGCCCUAACCCCCCCACCCCUAUCUCCCUAUGCCCUUUACUUGAAAACAAUGAAAUUUCAGUCCCACCUUUAAAUGUCCCUCUUACCCCUUCUGAACUUAAAGAACGUAUUAUUUUUGGUCCCCCUGAAGCUAAAGACCUUCCCACUUCUUCAUCUUCAGUCAAUCUUGAAACUGAUAAUAAUAGUAAUAAUAAUACUCAGAAUUCUUGGUUGUUUGACCCAAAUUACCCUGCUUGGACUAAGAGUAAUCUUCAUAGGUCUAAAACUGCACCUGCUAUGGCUGUUAUUAAUGAUUUUGAACAUUCUACUGUUUCUAAGCCACCCCAGUUUGGUAAGAACUCAGUUGUUGGACAAGGGGUUGUGCUUUUGAUACUUUAUUUGACACUUGGGGUGGUUAUUUAUUCUUUCUUUAAGGAUCAUUUUAAGGCUACUGAGACACAUCCAGUUGUUGAUGCUUUGUAUUUUUGUAUUGUUACUAUGUGUACUAUUGGUUAUGGUGAUAUAACUCCUGAUAGUACUGUUACUAAGAUGUUUUCUAUACUGUUUGUGCUUGUGGGGUUUGGUUUUAUUGAUAUUUUGCUUAGUGGGAUGGUUAGUUAUGUGCUUGAUUUGCAAGAGAAUUACUUGUUGAGGAGUAUUAAAAGUGGGAAUUCACAUGAUGCUAGGUCUUAUAUUAUCGAUGUGAAGAAAGGGAGAAUGAGGAUAAGAAUGAAGGUGGCAUUGGCAUUAGGUGUUGUGGUUCUUUGUAUUGGGAUUGGGGUUACUGUUAUGCAUUUUGUUGAGAAGCUUGGCUGGAUAGAUGCAUUUUAUUUGUCAGUUAUGUCGGUUACCACUGUCGGGUAUGGUGAUAGGGCGUUCCAAUCAAUGACUGGUCGUAUCUUUGCAUCGAUUUGGUUGCUCGUGUCUACACUUGCAGUUGCGCGAGCAUUUCUUUACUUAGCUGAGGCCAGAGUAGAUAAACGUCACCGGAGAAUGGCAAAAUGGGUGCUUGAUCAGGAUAUGACUGUUGCUCAAUUUCUUGCUGCUGAUAUCGAUAAUAAUGGAUUCGUGAGUAAAUCAGAAUAUGCGAUUUACAAACUGAAAGAAAUGGGGAAGAUCACAGAGAAAGAUGUAAUGCAGAUUUGCAAACAGUUUGAACGGCUGGACAGUGGCAACUGUGGAAGGAUUACCCUCGGUGAUCUGAUGGAACACAACCAUUAAACGUCGAAUUAGGUGCCUUUUAGUUGGACAUUAGGGAGAGGAGAAAAAAACAGAUUGCAGCCUCAUCAAGGAUUGGCAACUGGACAGGGCAAAGAAUGGAGAAUUUUGGAAAUUGGAAACCUGAGUUCCCUAGUUUUAUGGGAAGGGUGCUCCAUUCUUGAUGAGAUGUCAAGUCCUAAAGUGCAGAGUUUUGGAUGAAGUAAGAAAUGGAAAAUUUUGUAGGUGUUUUUGGAAAUGCAACAUUGGAAACCUUGCAAAAUGUUGAAGCGAAAAAUAUAUUAUUUGUAAAUAACUACUAUGAUAAGUAAUCUUAGAGAGAAAAAAAUGAUUCUCAGUAUGACAUUUUAAUUAUUUGUAAAAAUGUGUUUUUGAAAAUCGCUCAUAUCACGUGCCAUUUUUAUAAUUUGGACUGAGACGAGCUUAAAGGGA